AUGGCAGUGCUGGGGCUUGGUAUGGCAGCACCUCGGGGCGAGAGGAGCCCAGCACAAGAGCUGGGGGGCUGCGGGGGGCCUUGGGGGACCCUGCGGGGGCCACCCCAAGCCCUGCUGCCCUGCCCCUACCCCUACUCCUGCCCCUGUCCCGUUUUGGCCGGGUACAGCCUCCUGCCACCCCCUCUCAGCCUCGUGACGCCCCUGGUCUCAGCACCCUUUGAGGUGCCCCUGGGGCUGCCCACAGAGCCGGGGCGGGCGAAGGCGGCGGCGACGCGGGAGAGCACCGGGGCCCUGAAGGCUUGGCUGGCACGGCACCCCAGGAACCCCUACCCCAGCAAGGGGGAGAAGGUGAUGCUGGCUGUGGUCAGCCGGAUGAGCCUCACCCAGGUCUCCACCUGGUUCGCCAAUGCCCGCCGGCGCCUCAAGAAGGAGAAAAAGGCGAGCUGGGCCACACAGAGCGCCUCAGAUGGCGAGGACAGCGAGGGAGAGGGGGUCCCAUCAAGUGCUGCCCCCAUUCCCAGUUCCAGCCCUGUGCAGGAUGGGUGUGGGGGCAGCUCCGAGGUGAUGACAGGCCCUGGGCAGGACAAGCAGCCCCAGAAACCCAAGAUCUGGAGUGUGGCAGAGAUGCUGGAAUCUUCACCCAGCAACAGCGAGUGUCCCCCGGUGGUGCCAGUGGUGCUGGAGCAGGUAUAGG